AUGGAUUCUCGACCUUCGGACCAUUCUCUGGAUUCUGCUUCCUGCCUGCCCCUUGUAGCAUUCACGGAUCUCUCUGGUUUUGACCCAUGCUUCCUCCUGACCCUGCCUCAGCCUCCAUUUACGCUGCGGGACUGUUUUGAUCGCGUGGACUGGGAAAUGUUUCACGCCGCUGCUAAGGACAUUGAUGAAUUCGACACAGAGAACACCAUGAGACCGGAUAGUGAGCACACUGCGGAUGACGUCAGCGGCACACUGUGUCUGAGGAGGAUGUGCAGAGGUGCUUCAGGAGGAGGUGAAGCAGAGAUCAUGUCUACCUUUGACAUGCAGGCAUUUGUGGAGGCUCCAUCACGCCAGCUGCUGGAGAAUUGCAGAAAAUCCGACCUGCAGCAGGUUGCCGUCCACUUCAGCCUGCUCGUCCCCAAGCAGCUGACAAAAGACGCCUUACGUCAGUUCGUCUUGGAUUUCUUGGUUGCACAAGAGAUCCUUCUGCCGCCUUCCGGACCUGUGUCACGCCCACCGUCACAGCCGAGCCCUUCAUCGUCUCCGCUAACCGGAGCUCGCCUGAAACGCCGACUGGCUUGUUUGCACAUUGAGGCCGAGGAACGCGCUCUGGAAAGAAAGCUCCGACAUGAGAUCGAACUUAAAAGACUGGACGCUGAUAUUCGACUGCGAGAACUUGAGCUCACACUACAGAGCAGGAAGCUCGAUCCUGCCGCUGUUCGGACUGUUCAACCAGCCGAGGACUCAGACGCCGCCAUUUUGUCUCCCCUUGGGGAUGUCCAACCACAACCAGAGACUCCACUUACUCCUACAUCUUCUACACCACCAUUCAACAUCAGCAAAUGCCUCACGCUCCUGCCUCCCUUUCGAGAGACUAAAGUGCAUGGGUACUUCCUUGCUUUCGAGAGCAUGGCUGCAAUACUCCGGUGGCCUCGCGAUGUCUGGCCUUUACUUUUGACCUGUAAGUUGACAGCUCUUACAGCUCCUGACCUUUCUCGACCUUUCAAGCUUGAGGUCGAUGCCUCUGAUGCUGGAGCUGGAGCUGUGCUUCUCCAGGAGGACGCUGGUGGACUUGAUCACCCCAUCUGCUACUUCUCAAGGAAGUUUAACUUUGUACAACGCUAUUAUUCCACCAUAGAGAAGGAGACCCUAGCCCUCAUAUGGUCCCUGCAACAUUUUUCUGUUUAUGUUGGCAACAAUAAAUUCACCACCAUUGUCUUCACAGAUCAUAAUCCGCUGACCUUCCUCCACCGAAUGUAUAACCACAAUCAACGCUUGAUGAGAUGGGCCCUCCUCCUCCAAGAAUUCAACUUGGACAUCCGCCACAAGAAAGGGACAGAAAACCUCAUGGCUGACGCCCUUUACCGCAGUUUUACAAUUGAGGCUCCCUUGUAGAUUUUAGGUUGUAAGACCUCUUAUAAGGCUUGU